AUGGCACCACCGAUUUCAACGAUCCCCGUCUCCGAGUUGGAAGCGUCAAUCAACACUUUGCCGUCCGGCAAGCCACGGAAUCCAAAAGUCAAAUUGGGCGAUUGUGUGCUGAAGGAACUGGUACAGUACAAAUGUCUCUCAGAGCAGCCGAAGAAGAAGGCAGUUGCAUCUGGCGUACUAUGUGAGCCGUUAGUUCACUUGCUGAGACGCUGUCCAGGAGGAUUGAUCGUUGAGACCACCGCGUGGGAAGAGUGGAAGGCGAAGCAGGAAGGUGCAAAGGUUGAGGGGUGA